GAAGGCAUUUCCUCCACACCGGUGCAAUUGAAGGAUUUUAGAAAGAUAAAUACAGAAGACCAAAUCGGGAACAAGUUUAUCUAAGAAUGAAGUCUUUCUCUGGACGCGGUUCAGAAACCAGCUUAGUGUGGUUCCAUGGUCUUUCAUCUCAGAAUUAUUAGCAUGAUCUGAACUAUCAUUAUCAUAAUCAUCAUCAUCGCGUUCGUCGACUUCGUUAUUGUCAUUAUAUCUGUUAAAAUUCGCCAUUAUGGAAUGCAACGACGGACAGCACGUAUAUAAAGCUGCGUCCUUGUGCCUGAUUCUUCUGGCACACUUGGGCCUCGUAAAUUCCUUUGGUAUUCCUGAAUUUCUGGAAUUUGGUUCCUGUGCCGAGACUGAAGUGGUUCCCGAUGUCAGCUUCGAAAAGUUUUCUGGCAUCUGGUUCGCUCAAGAGGCCGUUCCGAACGAGUACACUCAGAUCGUUGGCUGUUCCAUGACUAACUAUACGUGGCAAGAAAACCUGAUGACAGUCGUGGAGCGCGGCCUUACGAGCGACGAGAAGAAAAUUCGCCAGAACUCCGUGAUGCGGCCGACGGAGGGGGAGCCAGGAGUCCUCACGGUGGAGGCCGAGGGCGUCCCGAGCGCGCCGUACAAGAUCGUCGGAACAGACUACAAGAACUAUGCUUGCGUUUAUUCCUGCAUGUCCUUCAUGGGUUUCCGAGCUGCCUUCUCAUGGAUCUUCACUCGCACUCCUAACCCCGAUCACUCCUACCUGGCACUGUGCCGCGACCUGAUGGCAAAGGGAGGCAUUGACCCCACGUCCAUGCAGCCAGUCAAGCAAGGAAAGGACUGCCCUUACAUGGAAAAGCUGGACUCCCUUCUCGCCUACACCAACAGCGUCGUGAGCAAAGCCGAAGCCAAUGCCAAAGCGGCGAAGAAGGAUCAGGAGAGAGAAGCUACGAAGGCCACCAAGAAGGUCCUGGAAGGCCCACGCGACGAGCCUCUGAGGACGCGCAUUCUGCAGGAGGAGGAGCGCCUUGAAGAAGUUGAAAGAAGGAUCGUAGACGCGGAGGAGAAACUGCGUCAGGAUAUCGAAGAGAACAACAGAAGAGAAGAAGAAGAGAUAAGGGAACUCCGUGAAGAAAUUCGGGAAGAGAAGAGACAUAACCACCACAGAGGUCACAGAAAAGAAUACUCCACGGAAAACGGAAGUACCGGUCAUUAUGUAAGUACCUCCGUCACCGUCUUGUCUCUCCUGCUGGCGAGGAUGCUCUAAGAUGCCUUUUGGGAGACCCUUCACCCAUUUCAAGAGGAUAUUGAAGCACUCUAUAGUACACUUGCCUUUACACCCUUCAUUUACUUAUGACCUGCGUCUAAGAUAUCUCCUACGUACUUCUGCAUAGCGGUAUACAUUAGAGUAAUAGUACGGAGGAGUGUGUGUUUGACUAUUUAUAUAUGCAGUGUUAUUAUGGAGCGUUCUCUGGAUAAAAUUCAGGAGUGGAAAUGUUCUCUUUUGCUGAGUGUCUGUGUUAUUUUGAAUGCUUGCUUUGCUGGUUGGUUAGUGUCUGUGGUUUGGCUGUGUAUUUACAUCCUUUUUUUUUUUUUUUUUUUGAGAUUUUCUUAUUGAAGACAAAAUUGAAAGAGCUUUAUGAAUCAAAUUGCGGACAUGUGGAGAUGGCUCCCGAGAAAUGUGAAUUGUAUAUAUUUUACUUUUUAUAACAUUUUUGUUUAAUAAAUUAUAUAUGGCGAUAA